UUCGUUCUAAUUAUGUCCACAUAACAAUUGUCUGUUAUUGGAUAGAUAUCGGGGUUCAUAAUUUCUUUUUUGAGUACUUUUUCUAUAACCUUUCAUGUAUUAUAGAUGCUAUUGAAUGGCCCUGCCCCAAUUGUACUUCCAUUAAUGCUGAAGAAUUCAGUCAGUGUUCGACGUGUGGCGCUCCCAAACCUCAAGCUUCUUUGUGUGCUAUUCCCUCCAAUAAUCCAUAUGGGUAUGAUCGAAUGAACUUUUUAUCAAGCAGUGCCAUUCGAAGUCGUGAGCUAAAUAAAUUAUGCCAUAUAAAUUCGUCUCAAAGUGGUUUUUAUGCGAUUCCGAGUGUGGCUCCGUAUAGUUCCGGUUUAUCAAAUGGGAGGCCUCAAAUUUUUCAAGGUCCUAUUUAUUAUCCAAAUGCAAUGCCGAUUAAUUUUUAUGCACCGAAUGGAAUGCAUCCAAUUUUGCCCACUUAUUUACCAAAUGGAUCCCAACCUGUUCUUCAGUUUGAUCCUUUCAAAUCUGCUUUGGAAAGUAGCAAAAAUGCUCAAUCACCACAAUCAAGCAUUACCACUCCUUCAACUGGAUCUCUUUUGACUUGGCAAAUGCAUUCAGUUCUGUCAAGGGAUAUUCAGAUUGCAAUCAGAGGUUCUCUUAAGGAAGGGAAUAGUACAUUUUCUUGCAGAUCUAUUCCCCCAUCCAGAAAUUUUUUCAUUCCCGCUGAAGUGAGAUCAUUUCUAAAGCCUAUACAGGCGAAGUUACUAUCUGGGAUUUGUGAUAUUUCUGCUCAGAAAGAAUUGGAGGUGACUAGCAAGGCUAUAAAUUGGUGGUUAAACGAUACCAUGCCUACCAGUCGACUAAUAGCUCUCGAUAAUCGAGCAAAUGGUGAUUGCUUGCUGGAUAGUUUAAUGCAAGCCUCCUUUGGAGUUGCGGACAGUGAAUCCGUCCUGCGCCAAACACUUGCUCACAGCUUUAAAUCAUGCAAAAACACACUAUCACGACUUUGGCUUGAAAACGAAAAGCGGGAAGCCUCCGCGUUAGGGUAUGAGCUAAGCGAGCGUCAGGCUCUUGACGAUUGGGAGUCCACUUCGAAUGCAGCUACUUCAGAAUAUCAACCUCUGGAACAGAUACAUAUCUUUCUUCUCUGCCAUAUCUUUCGUCGGCCCAUAGUGGUGUAUAGCGUGGAAUUCUUUAUCAGUCCAGCUACCGGCACCUCACUUGAAAUGUCGAAAUUUCAAGGAAUUUAUCUUCCUUUUCUUUGGGAGAAGAGCUCAUGUUCAAAAGUGCCUCUUGUUGUGGGCUAUACCUCCGGCCACUUCAGCGCUCUUGUUCCAAUAACCCCCCCACUUUCUGAAGCCCCGUCGGUACCUUCUCAAUCCUCUGUUAAGGAUGAUUUCAUCUGUUUACCAUUACACAAUAUCAAUUACACGCCUAUGCCCGUGCAUUUCUCGGAGAGUAUUUCCACUUCAGCCUCCGAUUCCGGCGUUACUACUGAAGAUCUGAUAAGUGAUUGGAUGCUGACAUGCAAAACACAAGAUGGCCGACUGUGGGUUAAAAUUUCACAUUCACCACGAAAUCGUUUGGCAGAUGAGAUUUUUAGGCUUUGGUUGAAUGCAUGUCUGUCAAAUACUUCUACUACUGAUUCUCCAACUGAAGAAACGUCAUUUGAGGGAAUUGAUGUUCCCUACUCUGCCAAUGAGGUGGAGCAAAAUGAAGCUUCUCCCUCCGCAUUUGGACAUGACUGGGAUCCCACGUGCAUGGUUAUGGAUGAAACUCUAUUUCAAAUUGCUGAGUUGGUAAAAAAUUAUGCUGUAGUGUACUUGGUGGAUAUUGCACAAGUUCCUGAUUUUACAAAGAUGUAUGAAUUGUACGAUCCAUGUACCACGAUGUUUUUCUAUCGGAAUAAACACAUCAUGGUGGACCUUGGAACCGGAAACAAUAACAAAGUUAAUUGGGCCAUUGAUAACAAACAGGAGCUUCUUGAUUUAAUUGAAAGUAUCUACAGAGGUGCACGCAAGGGUCGUGGUCUGGUUGUUUCACCGAAAGAUUACUCCACUAAAUAUCGUUAUUAA